AUGGGAAAUGCCUCUGAUUCCUCAGCGUUCACGUCCACCUUAUCAGAGAGAGAAGACCUGAUUUUUGGCACACUCUAUUUGCUCUUUGGCAUAGUUUCUCUCUUUGGAAAUUCCCUGCUCUUGCUGGUGGCCUAUCGGAAGAGAUCCAUGUUGAAGCCUGCUGAAUUCUUCAUUGUGAACCUGGCUAUCAGUGACCUGGGCAUGACGGUGACCCUCUUCCCUUUGGCCACGCCAUCCUUCUUUGCACACAGAUGGCUGUUUAACCAUGCGAUGUGCACAUUCUAUGCAUUCUCCGGCAUGUUCUUUGGCCUCUGCAGUCUUACCAGCCUGACAGUGCUAAGUACGGUUUGCUGCCUGAAGGUCUGUUAUCCAGCAUGUGGCAAUAAGUUCUCUCCCACACACGCUGGUGUCCUGUUACUGUGUGUCUGGGCAUACGCCCUUGUCUUUGCCAUAGCUCCUCUAGCCAACUGGGGCAGUUACGGACCAGAGCCCUAUGGAACAGCCUGCUGCCUUAAGUGGAAAGCUUCAACCAGGGAGGCAAUGAUCUAUAUCGUGGCCCUCUUCAUCUUCUGUUACCUCUUCCCUUGCCUUCUGAUCCUCAUCUCCUACUCGCUCAUCCUUUGGACUGUGAAAGUGUCCCGAAGAGCCGUGAAGCAGCACAUGUCACUGCAGAGCAAAGCCAACAGCGUGCACAGCUUGAUUGUCAAGCUAAGCGUUGCUGUGUGCAUUGGAUUUCUGGCUGCUUGGACCCCGUAUGCAAUUGUUGCCAUGUGGGCAGCCUUUGGAGAUGCCAGCCAGGUUCCAGUUCUGGCUUUUGCACUCUCUGCCGUUUUUGCCAAGUCCUCAACGACCUACAACCCUCUGGUCUAUCUGCUCUUCAAACCCAACUUCCAGAAAUUCCUCUCCAAAGACCUGUCCCUGCUGCAGGCCAUCUGUGCCGUCAUCUGCUGCAGCCACCAAAGUGUCAUCACACUCCAGUCUUUCCAGACCAGAGAGGGCAGAACCUCUGCCAGGCUCUCCACAGCCUUCCCUGAGUCCCCUGGGGCUUGCAGGAACUGCAACGACACUUUUGAAUGUUUCAGUAACUAUCCCAGGUGCUAUAAGCUCACCCAGCAACCCGACCCUACAACCAGGCCCAAUCUCCUGGCAGACAGGCCUGCUUGCCAGCCGGCUCUGAAAAGGACCGUGCAGGUCAUGGUGCUUGUUACCAGGAAGAAGUCGGGAAUGGGGACUACAAGCGUGGCAGGAAACGUUCUGCCUUCAGACCUUGUGAAAGAUCUUAUCUGA